CUAUUUGCCGGAAGUGGAGCAAUGCUGGCCUUCGUCUUCACUGGGAUGGUUGAGGCACAGUCGGCUGUGCUACUCCCGCAGCUGAAGGAUAAGGAUAGCCGUAUACCUGUUACCCCGGAGGAGGAAACAUGGAUAGCAAGUCUGGGCAUUUUAACCUCUCCAAUCUCAGCGAUCAUAUCGGGACCAAUCGUUGACAUGAUCGGUCGAAAAAAAGGACUGCAGUUCUUCUACGUCAACAUUGGAGUCGGUUUCGGGAUCAUCGCAUGCGCGACUGAGGUGUGGCAUCUCUACGUUGGCCGCAUAAUUUGUGCUUUUGCUGUCGGUUUGGAAGUGGUGGCAGUGGUCUACCUGGCGGAGAUAUGCACGAAAAAGCAGCGCAGUGCCAUAUUCUCGGUGAUGUUCACCCUGGCAGCAACCGGAGUCCUCCUGACGUAUGUCGUAGGUGGUUACUUGCCUUGGAACAUCGCAUCAGGGAUUUUUAGCCUGGCUUGCUUCGCGUACCUGAUCAUCCAGAGCCUUGCACCCGAGUCCCCCGCCUGGCUCUUCAAAACAGGCCGAAUCGAGGCCUCCAUCCGCAGUCUCCAAAGGUUGGGACGAAGCAACUCUGGCGUUUUGCGGGAGGUAGAUCUGUUAAAACUGUCCACCCAGGAGAAGACUGAAAAGUUCGAGUUCCGCAUUUUUCUGCAGCCAACCGUUUGGAAACCGUUUCUGAUAUUGUCUAUAUAUCACUUUUUAGCAACCGCUUCAGGGGCUUACGAUAUAAUGGCCUACACAGUGGAGUUCAUCGCGGCUUUGGGUACAAGUUACGACCCACUUGCUGCCUCAAUACUAUUGUCUGUUAUCAGAGUAAUAGUAAAUGCCACCGCUGGUAUAUAUUUUGUAGGUUCCGUGAGUCGUAGAUUGGCGACAGCCCUCUCCGCCCUCCUGAUGACGAUAUCCCUGCUGGGGACAGGGCUCUACUCCUACGUCUACCGGGAGGCGGCGCCCGGGUCCAAACCCCACGAGUGGGUCCCGAUCGCGCUCAUGAUCCUCAACAUCGGGGCGGGCGCCAUCGGGGUGACGUCACUGCCGUGGCUCAUGUCCGGCGAGAUGUUCCCGUUGGAGGUGCGCGGCGCCAUGACCGGGGCGGCCUUCGUCAUCGGCUCCGGGUUCAUGUUCCUCUUCAUCAAGAUCUACUACAUCAUGCUCGAAGGGCUCCAGAUGUGGGGGUUGCUCCUCGCCUGGGCCGUCCCUUCAGCCAUGGCUGUCGCGUUCGGGGUGUGGAUUCUGCCUGAGACCCAGGGGAAGACGCUCUACGAGAUUGAGAGGGGGUUCCUGCCCCAGGGAGAGAGGAUGAGGGAGCCGCCUCAGGUGGCUCCGGAGCAGAUUGAAAUCGACGUGACGAAAAAUGGAACUUGAAUUGUUUUGGGAAUGGAUGGUGAGGGAAAGAUCACUUGGACCGAGUUCAGCCCAAUGGCGCACAAUGCUGCCGUGAUACCAUAGUGUACACAGAGUCGUAAUGUAAGUGGGAGAGCUGGCGCCAUGUUCUGCUCGACGAAUUCCGAGCCCGGUGUGCGCCGAGUUCGGGU